AUGAGUGACAAUUUAUUUGCUGAGCAACUUCUCCAAUCGAUCGAUUUUCUUCAAAAGAAGUUUCUUAUUCUACCAAUCAAUAACAAUACACAAGUCGCAGUUUUUGGUGGUUCACAUUGGUCAUUGUUAAUACUUUCUAUUCAAGACAAAAUUUUGUAUCAUUUUGAUUCAAUGUCCUUAUCAAAUGAUCGUACAGCGAAAGAAAUGCAUAAAAAAUUUCAAGCAUUUUUUCAUGACAAUAUCAAUUUAAUCAAUACUCGUUGUCCACAACAAAAAAAUGCUUUCGAUUGUGGAUUAUAUGUUAUUGUUAUUGUUGAAGAAUUUAAAAGAUUUAUCUAUGAAAAUUGCAUACUAAAGAAAUUCGACGAUCAAAAACUUGAUAAGGAUCUUUUUGAAAAAUUUAUAAAUGAAAUUAGUCAAUGUAUGACGUCUGAAUCUGUUAAUCAACGACGAAAACAAUUAAAAGCAAUACUUGAAUCAAUGCGUACAGAUAGAAAAAAAUGA